GGACAGUCUACUUACGAUAGUUAUCUAUUUAUUCAACAAAAAAAAAAACAUGGUAGCGUCCAAGUCGGAGCGAGGAUUAGCAUGGCCGAUGCUGGUAGUGCGAUUAGCUUCUCGUUUGAGGUAACGGUAAUCAGUAACAUUUAAACUGACUAAGAAUGGCUACAAUGAAAACUGAAGAGGAAAGAAAAACGGAUGGCGACAGACUCAACGGAGAUAAUCAUAUUUCAAGAACAGACUACUGCAGGAAGUUACAAGAGUGGAUGUGGCACUAUUACUGUGGCUAUGCUAACUGGCAGAGCUGGAUGUUUAUGUCGGCGCUUCCAUUCCCUCCUUGUUAUCCGCCGCCACAAGGGAGCCAGGCGUCCAACACGGCUCACUAUCCAUUUGUCCCGACCUCCUCAGACAUCGCCCGCUGGUAUAAUCAUCUUACCAAUCCAACUCAAACUAAUAACACGUCUGGUUCUCAGUCUGGGAGCCCCUUGUCCACAACCCCAGCGGCUACAAGCACAGCACAGCCAAAUGGAAAUGCUGCCCCGCAAGCAGGUAGAGAAUACAAUAUUCCCUCCCCUUUACACAGAUUUCUAGCUGAAAUGGUAGACUUCUUCAUCCUCUUCUGUGUUAAAGCUACCAUAGUUUUGUGGAUCAUGCACCUAAGUGGAAUGAAGGACAUUUCCAAAAUUGUAAUGCAGUUUGUAGUUGAAGAGAUAGAUGAGAACACCUCUCUGGAGGACCUGCAGAAAAUGAUGGCAGUGGCUCUGGUGUACAGAGUUCUGGUUUGUUUCUAUGAGAUCAUCUGUAUUUGGGGAGCAGGCGGAGCCACUCCUGGGAAAUUUCUGCUUGGUCUGCGAGUUGUCACCUGUGACUCUAUAGUCUUGGUACGACCCAACCGUGUCCUGGUGGUACCAGCGUCUAAUGUCACCUUAUCCGCUUCCACAGUACGCGCUUUGAAUAAGAACUUAUCCAUCGCAUUCCUCUUCCCAGUCUUCAUCACACUGCUCUUCUUCCAGCACAACAGGACUGUGUAUGACAUUGUGGCCGGAACUAUCGUGGUCCGGCGUAGGGGCGCUAGAUGACCAGGGCUGGGGAUCCAAAACAGACCUAUCUAAAUAUAUCUUUAUAGUGUUGAUGAUGAGGGAGUCAUAACUUUACUGAAGCCAAACGGGGCUUCAGGGUUUUUGACAGUAUUUUGAUGUAUUAGAUAGGGAUAUAACAAUAUACAUGUUUUAAAUGUUCCAAAUGAUUUUUGAUUCUGACGUCAUGAAUUCGUUCAAAUUUUGUUAUAAAAUGUUAUUGAUUCUACAGAGUUGUCAUUAUAUACUACAUAAUUUGUUUUGGCUCAAUAUAUACAUUUAAUUUUGAAAACAAAAGAUGGCAAAGUAUAACCUAGUGCAAAAAAGUAAUAAAUCUUAUAACUAUAAAAAUGCAAGAACCUUUGCUGCCUGGUAUAAGACCUUUUAUAUACAAUAUGAGAGGCCCUCAAAAGAGAAUGAGGAGAGCACUGAAAAUACAGCUAAAGUUAUUCUUCUGUUCUUUGAAACUUUUGCUUGUUUCACUAUUUGUAUUUGAUAAGUGCAUACUAUUGUAAGUUAAUGAUUAACAUUUUAGUUGUUAAAUGCUAUGGUGCUUGUUAUUUCUAGCACCAAAAAUAUUUGAAAAAGAAACUUUUAAUGGAUGGGUCAUAAAUAUGCUUUGCCUGUUUAUGUAGGUUUCAUGAUGAAAGUUGUGGAUAAUGCAUAUAUCUGAAAUGGAUAAACAGUUUACACUUUAUUUACCAAUGAGGUUGCAUUAGUAUUAUCCAGGGUCUGACCAUACAGCCUGACCAGACCCAGCUAUUAUUUAUUGUACUGAAGUUGGGGAGUUUAGCCUGACAUCUGGUAAAUGUCUGCCUGGCCCCUGCCUUCAGUUUGUGGAAUAUAUUACUUCUUUCAACUGCCACUGUCUGGAGUGUUCUUCUCUUGUAAAGGCCAAUAAUGUUUGGGAGGCUGUGAACAUGGCUGCCUGCCUACCCCAUUGUAUCUUGUAUGCUCUCUCUAUUCAAAAGCUCUAUAACACAAACAGCAGUGUGUUGCAUGUAUAUUGUUCCCUUUAGGAAGCUCACUAAAGUGGUUGCUGAUGAUUAUUCUGGAUUGCAGUGUACAUGAUCUGUUGGCACAACUUUUAUGGGUUCUUUUUUUUUUUUUUGCUAAUGAUGUUUCAAGAUAAUAAAUGCAUAAUAUAAGGAA